UGCGGUGCUAUGCUGCGGCGAGUGUAAAUAUAAUAAAUUAAUAACGUUUUCCUCAGGGGAAAAUAUAAUAAAACCUUAUUAUGAUUUAGUCUAACAAGACUAUGAAUUCUUAGCCAGUGCUCUAAUAAAUAUUGUAAUAUAAAAGGUACUUGUUCAAAUUAUGGCAGUCAUUAAAUGGAGGCUGAAGUGGCGAGAAAUCAUCCCAAAAAUAAGGGAUUAUACAGCGUGGAAGUACAACCAACUGGCGCUGACAGCUCGCUCCCUCACAUAUAAUGAACACAUGAGUCAAAGUUACGCUGUAGAUUUUUUAUUAGAACCUAUCUUUUGGUUUGUUGACAAUUUUGCCAGUUAUUUAGGAAGGGUUUUUGUGUUCUGUGUAACAGUAUUGACCGCUGCUGUUGUGGCCAUAGCGUACUGGGUUGGGCUUCCAUACUGGUGGCAAAAAAGUCCAAACACUACCGUGUUCCUGGUCAUCUUUGGCAACUGGCUUUUGCUCAAUAUUAUUUUCCAUUACUAUAUGGGUGUGGCUACUUCCCCAGGGUAUCCUCCUCAUGGAUCAAUGAUAGCGGAGGCUGCUAGCAUUUGCAAGAAAUGUAUAUCUCCGAAGCCUCCCCGGACGCACCACUGCUCCGUGUGCGACCGCUGCGUGCUGGCCAUGGACCACCACUGUCCGUGGCUCAACAACUGCGUGGGCUACUACAACGCGCGCCACUUCUACCUCUACAUGGCGUACAUGGUGGCGGGCGUCGCGUUCGUCAUCAUCGCCGGGAUCGAUAUAGGAUAUCAAGUCAUAUGGGUGAAUGAUACUGGUGGAAUCAUUACACACAACGACCCUGAUCUGAUCGGGCACCCAGUCCGCAUGAACCAGAGCGGAGUGUUGGUCCCAGUGAAGGUCAUAGUCGAGUACGACUCCAUCAACUCGCCGCGCGAGCACGAGCUGCCCGUGCCGCCCAUCACCGAGACACAGCGCAUCGCCGCACACCCCUGGAAGCGAAAAGCUGUCGUAUUCAUGGCCUUUACCUGUGUGUCUGUAUUAUUCGCUCUAGGAACAUUAACUAUCAUGCACGGAAAGAACGUGGGUAGGGGUGAAACGAGCGUGGAAGCUCACAUUAACGCGUCCCUAAGAAAAACGCAGGGCGACUCGUUUAGGAACCCUUACGAUUUUGGGCGGAGAAAGAAUUGGAAGUUGUUCCUUGGGCUGACGCAGGGCAGAACGUUCGCGCGGCACGUGCUGCUGCCGUCGCGGCACGCGCCCGCGGGCUCGGGGCUCACGUGGCACACGGUCCACGAUACAGCAGAAGACUGGCCAUAA